GAGCCCGGGGCAGCUGGUGCAUCCUGAAGCCGACACAGCGCGGGGAGCUGGCUGGGGGGCGGGGGCGGGGGCGACAUCACUGCGCUCCCAGAGCCAGCUGCGCCUGGGGAACUCCGCCCCAGACGCUGCUCCAGGGGUACCUGACCCUGCGCUGCGCCGACCACCUGCAAGCUACGGAAGGGCCGGGAGCCCAGCAUCAGCCCUCCUGA